GGGCUGGGGUUUGGGGUCGGGUUUGUGGGCGUCUGUGCAUUGGUUGGGAACUCACGGGCUCGGAGUCCUUGCAUCUUAUUUUUUUUUUUUUUAAAUCGCCUCUCCUUUUCACCCUCUUAUUUCCUGCGGGAUUAUCUUUGAGGGGAAAACCAUGGUUGUCAAGGUCUUCAUUGCAAACCAGUCCGGGUCCACCGCGAUUAAAAAGAAGCAACAGGAUGUUCUCGGUUUCUUAGAAGCCAAUAAAAUUGAUUUUAAAGAAAUGGAUAUAGCAGCACAUGAGGAAAACCGAAAAUGGAUGCGGGAGAAUGUUCCCGGGGAAAAACGCCCUCAGAAUGGUAUUCCUCUUCCUCCACAGAUCUUUAAUGAUGAACAGUAUUGUGGGGACUUUGAGAGUUUCUUCAAUGCCAAAGAGGAUAAUGGAGUUUAUGCAUUUCUUGGUCUGACGCCACCUCCUGGUUCAAAGGAAGCUCAUCAGGCUGCAAUCAUCCAGAAUGGUGAAAUUCCAGAAAAUAAAGAAAUCCUUCACUUGCAUAGAGCCAGCGAUGAUCAGCUUGGAGAAAAUAAUGAAAUGUUGCAUAAUCACUAUGAACGGUCAACAGAUAUAAAUGAAAACAUUGGUGAGAACAAAACUGCAAAGGAUGAGGAGCCUCCUCACCAAAUGGUUGAUCUAGAAGAUGCUGAGGAAGAAUCUCGCAAACCUGAGUCUCCUCCUGAUGGUGAACCUGUGGAAAAAGAGGACAAGGAGGAAGAGGAGCCAGUUACAGAGGAUGAAGAAGAGCACCCUGUAACUGAGGACGAGGAAGAUGAAGAAGCAGUGACUGAGGAUGAGGAGGAAGUGGAUGAAUCUUAAAAAAAUAUUUUUCCUUUUAUGUGAUUUCAUCUGCAAGGGUUUAAGGAAGCAGAGGCCCUUGCAGAACAAGUGUAGGGACUUGACCCAGGAACAUUGGACCGCCCAUGGUGAUCUCAGAAAACAUGUUGGCACUGCCCCCCAAAACAUUUCUUCAAUUGAAAGCAUGGAUUUCUACAGAGGCGUAGCCUUCAAACCUCCACCCCCUUUUGCAAAUAUUGAGCCGCAGCCAAUCUUUCCCUUCCAUUUUGUAGAUGAUUUGGAUUCAAUGGACUUUGCAGAAGCAAAACUAUUUUUUUUUUGGAAGUUAAUGUGAGCAGUCCCAUUUCUAGGGCAUGAUUAAACUCUGCUUUUUAUUCUGAAAAUUUCCUCCUUGGGGAUGCCAGUUAGAGCCUUAACUCAAAGCUUGCCUUCAAAGAGGAACUGCCAAUUGCUGCAAAAAUGUUUUUGUCAUCUUAAUUAUAUGCCAGGUUGCCUAUUUUCCUCUUUUUUUGCCAGUGUUCCUUUCGCUGAAAUCAAUUGCUGUGAAUGAUAGAAAGAGUAAUUACUGAUAAAUGAUGCAAUUAAUUUUUUUUUAUAAAAUCACUCUUUCAUGAUUUCUUUUAGUGUUUCAUUAAACAGAGGAAAGGUUUCAUCACAGUAGAAAUGAUGCUGGUUUAGCAAGGAAAGACAAAACUCGGCAGGUCAGGCAACAUCAUUUGAGAGCAGCAAGAUUCACAGAUGAGGUACAUUGAGGGAGGGUCCCGCAGAACCCCCGUUGGCGAGGGGAGGAAAACUUCUUCAAAGUUCUGAAACCUAUUCAAAAUCUGGAGAAGGGUUCCGAUCCAAAAAGUCACCGAUGCAUGUCCUCCUGGGAUGCUACCUGACCCACUGAGUUACUCCAGCACUUUGUGUCUUUCAAAGGUUUAAUCAUAGCAAGGUUUGAUCUUCGGAUUUAUUUAUAUUCAUCCGAAAUGUGGCUCGAGUUACUUCCAUUUCUAAAGAACAAGUUUGUCUUGUCGUGACAUAUCUGACAAUAUUAGUCCUCCAUUCACAUUUUGUACAGCUGCACAUUUUCCAAUUUCAUAUUGGGAUUGGGGAAGUACUUCAAUUACGUUAAAUGAACCCCAAUAUGAAAACACUCCUGAAAUAAACAGCGGCAGUUUUCCUGUU